AUGGCCAAUAUAACGAUAAGUACUGAACGUGAAGAUUGGUUAGAAACAGCCAUAAAAGGAAAAUACAUUAAAUUAUUUGAUUACAAACAAUUCAAGAUUUGCGAGCCUCUUGGCGAAGGAGGUUUUGGCAAAGUAUGGCGUGCCGAAUGGAAAGCAAAUUCUUCUCUAACUCUGAAUUUCGCUGUGAAAAGUAUAAAAAACCUACAAAAUUCCACUACUGAUAAUAAAAUUUACCGCGAAAUGGUUAAAGAGCUACAAUUAUUGCAUGAUAUGACAAUGUCACCUAAUGUACUACAUUUCUAUGGGAUAACGAAAG